UGCUGAAAAAAGAGCUGGGGUGGUUUUCUUUUUGGAUCGACGCUUUAAUGAUGAGAUUGACAAACUGACUGGAUACAAGACAAAGUCACUCUUGUGCAUGCCCAUAAGAAACAGUGAUGGAGAGAUUAUUGGUGUUGCCCAAGCAAUAAAUAAGACUCCAGGAGGUGCCCCUUUUUCUGAUGAUGAUGAAAAGGUGAUGCAGAUGUACCUCCCUUUCUGUGGGAUUGCCAUAUCCAACGCCCAGCUAUUUGCAGCUUCAAGGAAGGAAUAUGACAGAAGCAGGGCUCUACUGGAAGUAGUGAAUGACCUCUUUGAGGAACAGACUGACUUAGAGAAAAUUGUGAAGAAGAUUAUGCAUCGGGCCCAGACCCUACUGAAGUGUGAGCGGUGCUCGGUGCUACUUCUGGAAGAUAUUGAAUCACCAGUGGUGAAAUUCACAAAAUCCUUUGAAUUGUUAUCUCCAAAAUGCAGUGCUGAUACUGACAACAGUUUCAAAGACAGCAUGGAAAAAUCAUCCUCUUAUUCUGACUGGCUAGUAAAUAAUAGCAUUGCUGAACUCGUCGCUUCCACAGGUCUCCCAGUGAACAUCAGUGAUGCCUACCAGGAUCCUCGCUUUGAUGCUGACGCUGAUCAAAUUUCUGGCUUUCACAUAAGAUCUGUUCUGUGUGUCCCUAUAUGGAACAGCACCCACCAAAUAAUUGGUGUAGCUCAAGUCUUGAACAGGCUUGAUGGGAAAUCCUUUGAUGAUGCUGACCAGCGACUGUUUGAAGCUUUCGUUAUUUUUUGUGGCCUGGGUAUCAACAACACAAUUAUGUAUGACCAAGUGAAGAAAUCCUGGGCAAAACAGUCUGUGGCUCUUGACGUGUUGUCUUAUCAUGCAACAUGUUCGAAGGCAGAAGUCGAUAAAUUCAAGGCAGCAAACAUCCCUCUGGUGUCAGAGCUUGGCAUUGACGAUAUCCAUUUUGAUGACUUCUCGCUCGAUGUGGAUGCCAUGAUUACUGCAGCCCUGCGGAUGUUCAUGGAACUUGGAAUGGUUCAGAAAUUUAAAAUUGACUACGAGACGCUGUGUAGGUGGCUUUUGACGGUGAGGAAGAACUAUCGGAUGGUUUUGUAUCACAACUGGAGGCACGCUUUCAACGUCUGCCAGCUGAUGUUUGCCAUGUUAACUACUGCAGGAUUUCAGGAGAUUCUAACUGAAAUUGAAAUUUUAGCUUUGAUUGUGGGAUGCUUAUGUCACGACCUUGACCACAGGGGAACCAACAAUGCCUUCCAAGCCAAGAGUGGAUCAGCCUUAGCUCAGCUCUACGGCACCUCUGCUACUUUGGAGCACCACCAUUUCAAUCACGCUGUCAUGAUUCUCCAAAGUGAGGGUCACAACAUCUUUGCUAACUUGUCCUCUAAGGACUACAGUGACCUUAUGCAGCUUCUAAAGCAAUCGAUAUUGGCAACAGACCUCACUCUGUAUUUUGAGAGAAGGACUGAGUUUUUUGAACUUGUCAGUAAAGGUGGUUAUGACUGGAAUGUAAAAAACCACCGAGAAGUAUUUCGAUCAAUGCUAAUGACAGCCUGUGACCUUGGAGCUGUGACCAAACCGUGGGAGAUUUCAAGACAGGCAACUGAGCUGGUAACCAGUGAGUUCUUUGAACAAGGAGACAGAGAAAGAUCUGAACUCAAACUCACCCCUUCAGCCAUUUUUGAUCGGAACAGAAAACAUGAACUACCCAGGUUGCAGCUUGAAUGGAUUGAUAGCAUCUGCAUGCCAUUGUAUGAGUGUCUAGUGAAGCUGAAUGUGAAACUGAAGCCUAUGCUGGACUCUGUAGCAGUAAAUAGAGGUAAAUGGGAGGAGCUGCACCAAAAAAGACUUCCUUCCCAGGCAGCAUCCUUGUCCUCCUUUUCCUCUAGCUUCACCAUGUCUCUCAAAGACAUAAAUUAAGCCUGCAAGUAUCAGUGUCACAGUAAGAGCUGUCUGAAAGGU